UUAUUUUAUUAUAUAUCCAUAAAAAAUAUAUUUAUAUAUUUUUUUUUUUUUUAAAAUUUUAAAAUUUUUUUUUUGUGUAACAUUCAAUAAAAUUAUAUAAUUACUACUUAAAUACAAUAGAUCUAUCUAUAUUAUAACAAUUGUAAUAUACUUUUUUUUUUCUAUUAAUAUAAAAAAUAGGAAAAUAAAUACAUUGUUUUUUUUAAAAAAGAAUAAACAUUUAUUAUAGUAUAUAUAUUAAUAAAUAUAAAUAAAAUAAAAAAAUAAAAAAAAAGAUAUAUUAAGUUUUUAUUAUUUUUAAAAAAAAAUAUAAAAAAUAAAUAAUUUAAAAAUGGAUUCAAUUAAAAGUCAAGAUUAUUAUUGGGGCCGUGUAACAUCUAAUAUAGAUUGGUGCGAAAAUAAUUAUGAAAUAUCACCAUAUAUUUGCGAAUUUUAUAAUACAUUUUCGAGUUUUGUUAUUAGUGCAUUUGGAAUUUAUGGUAUUUAUUUAAUGAUGUCGGCAUCGUCAAGAGAUCAACAAUUGUUUGAACAUAUAAAGAUUUUAAAGAAAUUAAAUAUUAGAACUCAGCUUAUACUUUCAUACACAUCUUUAUUCCUAGUUGGUGUUGGUAGUGCAUUUUAUCAUGCAACAUUGUUAUAUGAAAAUCAAUUAUUUGAUGAAUUCCCAAUGUUGUUAACUGCAGCAACUUUUAUUUACUCAAUGUUAACAAUCGAUCCAGUAGAUAAAGAAAAAGACCCAAAAUGGUAUAUAUUUAUGCGUAAAUACCUUCCAAUUGGAUUAUCUUCAUAUGUUAUUGCAGUUGCCAUCACAAUUUCAAUUAUUCGUGAUUGCCCAACUAUUCUUCAAGUUGCAUUUGGUUUCCUCAUUUGCUCAAAUGUUGUACUUUCUCACUUUUAUGCUCGUAAAAUUAAAAUUCCACUCAGCGAAAGUAACCCAAAGAAGUUCUUACUCUUUUGUUGUAUUUCAAUGUUAUCCGCAUAUUUCUCUUGGCUCAUUGAAAGAAAACUUUGUAGUAAUGGCAAUGUUAUCCCAGGUAUUCAAUUACAUUCAGUUUGGCAUGCAUUAACUGGCUUGGCUGGAUUUUACUUUGUUCAAUUCUAUUUGUCAGCUUGUCUCGAAAAGCAUGGAUAUAAAACUCAAAUAAAUUGGAAUUAUGGAGUAGCUUCAGUAAGAGGUUUCAUUAAAUCUUCAAUGUAAAAACAAUAAUUAAAUAAUAUAUAUGAUAUUAAUAUCAAAAACGGUCUCAAAAUUCAAUUAUAUUUUAUUGAAUUCUCUUUUUUUUUU